AAGAACUUCUCGAUGCUCUCCCUUAUCGGUCUGGCGUAUUGCAUCCUGAACUCCUGGACCGCCAUGGCGGCGUCCCUCAGCGUCGUGCUGCCUUCUGGAGGGCCUGUGGCCAUGCUCUGGGGCCUCGUCAUUGCGGCUAUCGGCAACCUCGCGACGGCGGCAUCUUUGUCAGAGAUCGUGCACGUCUUUCCUACGUCCGGCGGCCCGUACCACUUUGCCGCCAUUCUUUCUCCGCCUGAAUGGGCGCCGCUCGUCUCGUGGAUCUGCGGCUGGCUCGCGACGGCCGGCUGGGUCGCGCUUACGGCGACGACGGGCUCGCUCGCCGGCGCUCUCGUCCUCGGCGCGUACUCGCUCGCCCACCCCGGGUUCGAGGAGCAGCCCUACCAGACGUUCAUCAUCUUUACCGGCUUCAUCCUCAUCGCCCUCGCCAUCAACCUGUUCGCCAGCCGCAUCUUGCCGCUCGUCAACUCGUCGGCCAUCAUCUGGUCGCUCGCGGGCGCGGCCACCAUCAUCGUCGUCUGCCUCGCCUGCUCGAGCGGCGAGUACCAGUCGGGCGACUACGUCUUCCGCACUUUUCAAAACGAGACGGGCUUCCCGGGCGGCGUGGCCUUCAUCCUCGGGCUGCUGCAGCCGAGCUUCGGAUUGAUCGGCAUCGACGCUCUCUCGCACAUGGUCGAGGAGAUCCCGCAGCCGCACAUCAACGUUCCUCGCGCCAUGAUCCUCGCCGUCCUCAUCGGAGCUUCGUCGUCUUGGGUCCUCCUCAUGGUCCUCCUCUUUGUCACGCGCGACCCGGCCGCCGUCAUUACUUCUACUGCGGGCUCGCUCCUCGAGACGAUGUACCAGGCGACGGGCAGCGUCGCAGGCGCCAUCUGUCUCCAAGUCUUCCCGAUCAUCAGCAUGGAGUUCGCGGCGCAGGGCAUCAUGUGCGCCUCGUCGCGCAACCUGCACGCCUUUGCUCGCGACCGUGGCCUGCCCUUCUCGACGUUCUUCUCCAAGCUCAACCCGCGCACCGGCGUGCCCGACCGCGCCGUCAUAAUCACCGCAAUUCUCACAAUCGUGUUUGCCCUAAUCUAUUUGGGAUCGUCCGCGGCUUUCAACGCCAUCCUCUCGUCGUCGGUCGUCUUCCUCAACUUGUCGUACUCGGUGCCGAUCGCCCUCCUCCUCAUCCGCGGCCGUCACCUCCUGCGCCCCGAGUCGUUCCCGUCGCCGACCUGGACGCUCGGCCCAAUCCUCGGGCCCAUCUGCAACGCCCUCUCGCUCGUCUUUACCCUCGUCACGACCGUCUUUUUCCUGUUCCCGCCCGUCAACCACCCGACGGCCGAGGAGAUGAACUACGCCGUCGCCGUUGUCGGCCUCGUCGCCAUCGUGUCGGUCAUCACGUGGUUUGUCCAGGGUCGCAAGUCUUUCGUCGGCCCGCGCGACCUCGGCGGCUUGCUCGAGCUCGCGCGCGCAGAGGUCAACCGCGACGAUGAGCGCGCAGCGGCGGCGUCGUCAUCGAGGCCGGCGAGCAGGCGCGGCGGCGCGUCGUCGUCGUCGCGCUCGAGGUCGAGGGCGCGCAAGGACGAGACGGUCCAGGAGGUCGCUUAAGGCUUGAGAGGCGGACGGCCGGCACGAGGUCGGGUAGAGACAGUUAUCGCAUCCACAUGAGUAGCAUAGACGGCAUUGCAGUAUCAGAGAACGCGUCCUUUCCAGCUU